AUGUUGGUUGUUGAUGGCUUAGGUUCGAUCCGUCGCCCUAAGGUUCUCUUGCGCGUGAUUGAUUAUGCGGUAAGGUUCUGGAUUAGUUGUUCCGGGUUGCAGCCGUGCUUGCAGUUAAAAACACAUAUAUUCUUGAGAGCGUUGUACACUACCAAAAAGGAUCAGAUGAAUCGAGAUUAUGGCAUAUACAUCUUCAGCUUACUCAUUCAUAUAUGCCGCGGUGCUGAAUAUGCUUACACAAUUGAGGUGGACGCUGGCAGGCAUAAUUGCUUCUUUCAGACUGUCAAUAAUACCCAUCACAAAUUUAUGGAAAUUGAUUAUCAGGUGGUUGAUGGUGGCGAUUUGAAUAUCAAUUUUAUGGUGCUUUUUGGUACCAAAAUUUUACUGCAAGAAACGAAAAAGGUGGAGGGAAGUCAUAAGUUUUCGAUUAAGGAAUCUGGCGACUACCAGUUAUGUUUCGACAACUCAUUUAGUUAUCAAACACGUAAAGUUCUAUUUUUUGAACUUUUUUUGUUAGAUGAAAAUGGAAGCUUUGAUGAAACAAACAUGCUUGAAGAAUUCGGUCCUGUAAGGCAGGAAUACAGUGGACUUGGUUUUGAAAUGCAGAAAUUUCAAAAAGCAUCUAAUAACAUUAAAAAUCUACUGAAUAAAAUCGAAUAUCAUCAAUCGCUAUUGCGAGCUUACGAAGCACGCGAUCGAGCGAUAAUGAAUGCCAAUCUCGAGCGUGUGACCUUGUGGUCAGUCGUCAAUUCGGUCAUUCUAGUAGUCGUUGGUUUAUUACAGGUGUAUAUGAUAAGAAGUUUGUUUGAAGAUAAUUCGAAGCUGGGGCAGUUAUUAAGGCGACAACUUUUUUGA